CGAUCUCUGUUUUACAAACUAUCCUGACAAAGUAACAGUGUCUGGAACACAUUCAUUGGGUAUUAGUAACCAUUCCUUGAUCUAUUUGAUUCGUAAAUCUAAUCAUCAAGUUAUCGAUACAAAUUAUCCAGUCACUAGGAGACAAAUGAAAAAUUUUAACGAUGAGGAAUUUUUAAAUGAUAUCCGACAAAUAAAUUGGUCCGAUAUAAACUCACAAAACAAUCCUAAUAUGUGGACAGCCUGGUUCACCAAAUUUUCAGAUAUUUUGGACAUUCAUGCUCCUGUUUUAACCAAAAGGCUUAGAUGUAAAAAAUCUCCGUGGAUUAACUCAUUGCUAAUUCAUAAAUUACGCGAAAGAGACUCUCUCAAAAAACGUUUUGAUAAAAAUCCUAACGAUCAAAUUUGGUCUCGAUAUAAAAAAGCUCGCAAUGAAGCUAAUAAGCUUAUUAAAAAGUCGAAGCGAGAUUACUUCAUGAAGCGGAUUAAUACAGCCAAAAAUGAUCCAAAGAAAACGUAA